AAUUCGUGAGGUGCAAAAUUACUAUUUAGCAUUCCACCUAAAAAACACUACUAUUAGCAUAUUGUAUAGCCAUGGCUUUCAGACCAAGAACACCAACUUUCCGUUCCCAACCUUCUAGUCGUAGCGUGUAUGAGGUCAUGCAGCCCCGCUCAGAGACAAAAGAAACCCCAGAGGCAUACCUUCUGCAUGUUUAUAUUCCCGGUUUUUCAAGGGAUAGUGUAAAGAUUACAUAUGUGGAAUCUUCACGGAUGGUGAGGAUCACAGGAGAAAGACGAAUCCAUGGUAACAGAUGGAGUAAAUUUGACCAAUCAUAUCCUAUUCCGGUAGAUUCUGUGGCCGAGAAACUUCAGGGAAAGUUUGAAAUUGGAACUCUCAUCAUUACAAUGCCAAAGGUCACUCCCCAAGUUGAUCCUAAACAACCAGAAAUAGAAACAACCCAAGAGAAAGGUGUAACUGAACCAAAGCCUUACGAAAAAGGCCAAGAAACGAUUCCAUCACAACCUACAACUACUAAAGUUGAAGAACCAAUUGAAGACAAGAAAAGUGCUUCACUCCCAAGUCCUGUAAAAGAGCCAGCUGACUUAAAGGCACAAACGGCUACUCGUGAAGACACAUCGUCUCAAAUCCCUCCUGAUCCAAUUAAGGACUAUAUCUCCCGAAAGGGUCAAGAAGAAGAUGUAGAAAGAUCCACAGAAAUAGGUAAGCCACAAAAGGGUCGAGAUGAAGUUGAACCAAAACCAACAAUGGCAGCCAAAAUACAAGCAGAUGAAGAACCUCAAAAAGGUCAAGAGGAAUUUGAGCCAAAACCAACACCAGCAAUGACAACCAAAAUGCAACCAGAUGAAGAGCCUCAAAAGGGUCAAGAGGAAUUUGAGCCAAAACCAACACCAGCAAUGACAACCAAAAUGCAACCAAAUGAAGAGCCUCAAAAGAGUCAGGAGGAAUUUGGGCCAAAAUCAGCACCAACAAUGGCUACCAAAAUAAAAACAAAUGAGAAACCUCAAAAGGGUCAAGAUGAAGGUGAGCCAAAACCUACACCUUCUACUGUUACCAGAAAGCCAACAGACAUUGGAGUAAAGACUACGCUUUCAACAGUUCAAAAGCAGUUAGAGGAAAAGAAAAUAGAGGGAACUGGUGCUAAAUAUGAAGAGACGGAAAGGAUCUCAAGGAAGGAAGUUAAAGAGGAAGAUAAUGGGAAGCCUUCUGAGUCAAGAAAUCCUGUGAAAGACAAGGAGAAGGGUAGUUUUAAAGAAAAAGAAACCAUGGCAAAAAAAUUGUCAUCCAAGGUAGCAGAAUCUUCGGCUCCAAAAGUUCCUAAGAAAGAAAAGGAAUCUAGAACUGCUCCCAAAAAGGAAGAAAAGAGUAAAGAGGAUACCAGGGACACUGAAAAAAACGGAAUCAGAGAAUUGGCUUGUGCUGCUUCCCAAGUUGUCACAAGAAUAACAGAAGGGAAAUGGAAUGAGCAAGAGAAACAUUUAGCUACAAAUAUUGGUGCUGCAGUUCUGGUGAUUGCUGCAUUGGGAGCUUAUAGAGAGAAGAAUGGAGAAUUCGAGAAGGCUACAAGAAGAGUCAAAAGAGUUUUGAGUGAAGGAAUUGGUUUGGUUGUGUUUCGUUGGUCAGCUCUUCAAACGGUUGUUGAGAACGAAUGGGGUGGGCAUCAGUCACGUCUCAAAGCUCAUCAACUUGCCCUCACAUACUUUCAUGGUUCACUCAAUCCAAAGAUUGUGAAUGAUGAUGAAGAUGGUGAUGAUGACGAAAACAUUAUUGGAGACAACAAUACUUCAUACAUGAAUGUGGAUAUUCCAACAUCUGAAUUGAACACAAAUUCAGUGAACAUGCAAGUAAAUGGCCCUUUGCCGGAGGUUGCAGCUUAUGCUAUUGAAAUUUGA